AAAACAAGUAUUGGUGAAAAAUAUGGCAAGUACUACAUCUCAUUCUAUGUGGGCGUGGAUGAUGACAAUGGUAGUGUCAAUGUUGGUGAAUGAAAUGUGUUGUCAUGGGUGUUGGGAGCAAGAGAGGGUUGCCUUGCUACACCUCAAAGCUUCCAUAAACUACCCAAAUGGUAACUCUUUGCUUUCUUGGGUGGAUAAUAAAUCAUCCAAUUGUUGUCAAUGGGAAAGGGUUGAAUGCAGCAACACGUCAGGGAGAGUGAUUCAACUCUCUCUUAAUCAAACAAGAGAUUGGGAAUAUAGAAAAGAUUGGUAUUUCAAUGCUUCUUUAUUUCUUCCCUUUAAAGAGAUCAAGACUCUUGAAUUAGCAGAUAAUGCAUUAGUUGGUUGGACUAAGAAUGAAGGUUUUGAAAGACUUUCUAAAUUGAUAAAUCUUGAAAUUCUUGAUUUGAGUGAAAACUAUUUCAAUAAUAGUAUUAUUUUGGAAUUUGUUGGUGAAAUUUCAUCUUUGAAGUCCCUAUAUCUCAGAGAUAAUCUAUUGGGAAACUCUAUUCAGUUGACAAGUUUUGAAAAACUUUCUAUGUUGACCAAUCUUGAAGUUCUUGAUUUAAGUGACAACGGGAUUAAUAACUCUAAAAUUCUAGAAUGUAGUGGUGGAAUUUCGUCUUUAAAGUCUCUAUAUCUCGAAGGUAAUAGCUUGGGAAGCUUGGUUAAUUUGACAAGUUUUGAAAAACUUUCUUUGUUGACCAAUCUUGAAGUUCUUGAUUUAAGUAACAGCAGGAUUAAUAACUCCAAAAUUCUAGAAUGUAUUGGUGAAAUUUCAUCUUUAAAGUCUCUAUAUCUCGUAGGUAAUAGCUUGGGAAACUCGGUUCAUUUGACAAGUUUCGAAAAACUUCAUAAGUUGACCAAUCUUGAAGUUCUUGAUUUGAGUUACAACGAGAUUAAUAAUUCCAAAAUUCUAGAAUUUAUUGGUGAAAUUUCAUCUUUAAAAUCUCUAUAUCUUAUAGGUAGCUUGGGAAGCUCAUUUCAUUUGAGAAGUUUCGAAAAACUUCAUAAGUUGACCAAUCUUGAAGAUCUUGAUUUGAGUUCAAAUGAGAUCAAUAAUUCCAAAAUUUUAAAAUUUAUUGGUGAAAUUCCAUCUUUAAAGUCUCUAUAUCUUUACGGUAAUAAGUUGACAAAUUUGAAUCAGGAAUCAAAAUUGGCGAAUCUAGAAGUUCUUAAUUUAGCUGGUAAUUCGAUAACCAACAUCAUAUGGUCUUCUUUAAUGGGAUUUCCUUCGUUAAAAAUAUUGGAUUUGAGAUGGAACUAUAUAAACGAAAGUAUUUCUAACCAAGGCUUUGAAAACGUGACGCACUUGGAAGAAUUGUACUUGGACAAUGCUAACUUACCCAUUGACUUUCUUUCAAACAUUGGUGCCAUGACAUCACUUCAAUGUUUGUCAUUGAGUAGCUCAGGACUCAAUGGGACCCUGCCCUCUCAUCAAGGUUUGUGUGAAUUGAAGACUCUUCAAGAGAUUGACUUGAGUUAUAAUGGACUAAGGGGUCACUUGCCUUGGUGCUUGGCAAACUUGACAUCUCUUAGGUUUUUGGAUAUCUUUGGCAACCAAUUUUCUGGGAAUAUUGCAUUGUCUCCUCUUCCUAAUCUCAUAUCAUUGGAAUAUCUUAGGCUUUCAAGUAACAAUUUUCUAGUCCCAAUAUCAUUCAAGUCAUUUUAUAACCUCUCUAAACUGACGAUGCUGGAAAGUGUUGACAACAAAUUUUUGGAAGAAGAGGACAUUCUUGGUUCAGUCCCAAGUUUUCAAUUGAUUCAAAUCCAUCUUUCUAAUUCUGAACAUGGUAGAAACACUUUCAUGCCUCUACCCAACUUUUUUUACUAUCAAACUCAACUCAAAAUGGUUGAGCUCUCUGGAUUUGAUUUUGGUAGAACAUCCCCAGCGUGGUUGUUGGAGAACAAUACUGGACUACAAGCAUUUUUCCUGAUAAAGAAUUUGUUUUUUGAACCUUUCCAAUUGCCCUCGUCUCCAAUGACACAACUUCUUGCAUUAGAUAUCUCCAACAAUAAUUUCUAUGGUGUCAUCCCAUACAAGAUUGGCAGUUCUUUCCCCAAGUUAAAAUUGCUAAACAUGUCUAGAAAUAAAUUUGAAGGCAUGAUUCCAUCUUCAUUAGGUAACAUGACUUCUCUAUAUGUUCUGGACCUGUCAAAUAACCAAUUAUCCGGUAUAAUUCCUACACAAUUGGCAAUGGGUUGUAGCUUCUUGGAAGUGCUGAAACUAUCAAACAAUUACUUGACAGGCCCUAUAGUACCCCAUGAAAAUGCCUUGACAAACUUAAAGUGGUUGCAUCUGGACAAAAAUAAGUUCACAGAAAUCCCACACAACUUAUUCAAUAGUACUGUCUUGCAAUUGUUGAAUCUUAGCCAUAAUCAUCUUGAAGGUGAGUUUCCUGUUAAGUUUUGCCAAUUUGAUGGACUACAACUAUUGGAUCUUUCUGACAACAAUUUUACUGGGACAAUACCAUCUUGCUUCAAUGUCGAAUACCUAGAGCAAAUUCAAUUAUCCAAUAAUAGCCUAAAUGGACCAUUUCCAGAGGUGUUUCAUCGAUUAAAGAAUCAUAUAAAAAUGAUAGAUCUUUCAAAUAACCAUUUUAAUGGCAGCAUUCCAAAUUGGAUCGAUAGCUUUUCCUCGCUAAGUAUUCUUAUAUUGAAAAAUAACCACUUUGAAAGUAAUAUCCCAUAUCAGAUUUGCCACUUGUCUAACUUAACCUUAAUCGAUCUUUCUUCCAAUAAGUUGUCAGGUAGCAUUCCUCGUUGCUUCAAUAACAUCACAUUUGAUUCAGAAAACGAAAUAGGAGAAAAUUAUUCUAUUUCAACUAGCUACUGCAUCGAAGGACCCGUGUUCCCUAACCUAAAAAUUCUUAGUCAUCCAAGUUUCAAAGGUUGUUUCAAUAAUGAAGAUGCCAUCAUGUUCACGCAGAAAGGAGUUUCCUCAUUACAAGUGGAGUUCACAAACAAAGGAAUGCCCUUGUCUUACACAGGAGUGCCUCUGCUCCUUUUUUCGGCAAUCGAUCUCUCCAACAACAAAUUAACUGGCCACAUACCUCUUGAAAUUGGCAACCUUACCAAAAUCAAAGCACUGAACCUAUCCCACAACAACUUGACUGGAGGAAUCCCCCCAACUCUUUCCAAGUUAGAGAACAUAGAGAGUUUGGAUCUUUCUCACAACAACUUAAAUGGGAAUAUCCCCUCUCAACUUACUAAUCUAUACUUACUGGGAACGUUCAAUGUGUCUUACAACAACUUAAGUGGGAGGAUACCUCAGGCAACAAAUCAAUUUGGAACUUUUGACUCAAGUAGUUAUAUUGAGAAUCCAUUUCUUUGUGGAGAGCCAUUACCAAAUAAUUGCAUAGAUUCACCUCCAUCAGUCAAUAAAAAUGCAAGUGUGGUAUCCAACUUUAUCGAUCUGGACACUUUUUAUAUGAGCUUUGCAGGGUCUUACACAAUUGCUUUACUAGCUAUUGCAGGAAUUUUGUAUAUAAAUCCACAUUGGAGACGGGCAUGGUUCCAUGUAAUUGAGGUUUUCAUCACCUUCAACUACAACUUUGUUGUGGAUAAUAUGUGGAGAAUCAAAAUUAGUUUCCUUUGUAGAUAUUGAUAAUUACUCCAGUGAAAUAAUAAUGUUGUUGUAUGUAU